AUGAAUUUACAAGGAGUUCAUGGACCUCCUUACAAAUUCCCACAUGGCAACACUAAAGAGAUCACUCACAUGAGAAGUUUGUCCAUGGAGAAACCGAUCGAUGACGUGUCGUUGCACGACAUUUUUCCCAGAUUACAGCCUCAUGUUCAUGCUUGGACAAAAGCCUAUGGGAAAGUUUUCUUGAAUUGGCACGGUUCGGAGUGCCAAUUGUUCGUAACCGAACCGAAUAUGGUAAAGGAGAUACUCAUGAACAGAGGCGGUGUUUUUCCGAAAAUGGACAUGGAUGGCUAUGCAAAUAAGCUUCUCGGACGAGCAUUAAUCACGAACGAAGGCGAAAAAUGGUCGAAAAUACGUAAAUUGGCUGAUUACACCUUCCAUUCGGAAAGUUUGAAAAGUAUGACUACGAAAAUGAGUUCGAGUGUGGAGUUGAUGUUAGAAAGAUGGAAAGGCUAUGAAGGGAAGGAAAUUGAUGUGUUUAAGGAAUUUGGACUUCUUACAACUGAAGUAAUUUCAAGGACAGCCUUUGGAAGCAGUUAUUUGGAGGGAAAACAUGUUUUUGAAAUGGUUGCAAAGUUGACUUCUAUAGUUGUUAGAAAUGUAUACAAAGUCAAAGUUCCUAGCAUAAGUAUGAUUCGAAAAUCAGACGACGAGGUUGAGGCAGAGAAGCUCGAGCAAAAGAUCAAGAGCUCGAUUUUAGAGAUCACAAAUACGAGAGAAAAUAAGCGACUUCGAAAUUUCGGAGGAGAUUAUCUCGGACAACUUAUACGAAUAAGCCGAGACUCGAAUGCCAAAAAGAGGAUCACAACAGAUCAGAUGAUUGACGAGAUCAAAACAAUUUUCGGUGCAGGACACCUUACAACGACGAGCCUUCUCACUUGGUGUAUUCUGCUUCUGGCUACAAACACCGAAUGGCAAGACAGAGCCAGAGACGAGGUGUAUGGCAUUUUGAGGAAAAAAACAAGCCUCGAUUCAGAUGGCAUUGCACGAUUAAAAGUCAUGAACAUGAUAAUCAAUGAGUGCCUAAGGUUGUACCCUCCGGCCCUAAUGCUCACAAGAAAAACCGCGAAACAAGUCGAGCUAGGGAAACUUUCGCUUCCUCCCGAGAUGAACAUUUUCAUUUCGAUUCUUGCACUGCAUUAUGAUCCUCAAAUUUGGGGUGAAGAUGUUCAUCUCUUCAAGCCCGAAAGGUUCGCGCGAGGGGUUUCUAAAGCUACCAAGAAAACCGGUGCUACCUUCAUACCGUUCGGGUUGGGCCCGAGAACUUGUGUGGGGUUGAAUUUUACGACCAACGAGGCCAAGAUUGCGCUCUCAAUGAUUCUGCACAAGUACAAGUUUACUCUUUCGCCGAAUUACGUGCAUUUUCCGGUCGAUGCCUUUGUGCUCACGCCGAAAAAUGGAGUUCAAGUGAUUCUCGAGCGAGUCUAA